UCCAACAGUUCAAACCAAUCACAGGAGCGUCUUCGGCGACUCUUUAAACUUUUCUUCACUGAAGGAAACCAUGGCAAGCAAGCAGGUGAUCAUCGACACUGACUGCGGCAUAGAUGAUGCUCAGGCCAUCAUGAUGGCCCUGGCAGCACCUCACAUUCAGAUCGUGGGCAUCACCUGUGUGUUUGGAAACGCAACAGUCAACCAUGUGUGUCAGAAUGUUCUGAGGGUGCUCUCCGUCUGUGAGCGCAAGGGGAUCCCUGUGUUCCGAGGUGCUGCUGGUCCUCUAGUUGGAGCCAGUAACCCCGUUAGUAACCACUUUGGAACUGAUGGACUCGGGGAUGUGAUUGAAGAUAAAGACCCACACUGGGCGGAGAAAAUCCAGAGAGAGCAUGCAGUCAAUGCAAUGAUUAGGCUGGUGAAUGAAAACAAGAAGCAGGUCUCCCUGGUGGCCCUUGGCCCUCUCACUAAUCUGGCACUGGCUAUCAGACUGGACCCAUGUUUCCCCCAAAAGCUCAAAGACCUGUACAUUAUGGGAGGCAACAUGGAAGGAAAAGGAAAUGUGACACUAUGUGCCGAGUUCAACUUUGCAUUGGAUCCAGAGUCUGCCUAUAUUGUUCUUGAGGAGUUUCACUGCCCUACAUUCCUCGCAUCCUGGGAGUACUCGUGCAGAAACGCACUGACGUGGGAGUUCUUUGAAGAGCUGAUCAAUCAGGACACACCUGCUUCAAACUUUAUGAAGUUAAUAACAUCGAAAUGCUGGGCUUACUCCAAAAACGUUAUGAAGAGCAAGAGAGACGUGUACUUUGGACCUGGCUUCGUCUCUUACGACGCCUACGCAAUGGCCGCGUGUAUUGACGAAAGUGUGGUAACAGAGACAAUCCAGUGUCCCGUCCGUGUGGAGCUGCAGGGUUCCAUCACUCGAGGCAUGAUGGCACUGGACCGCACAAAUGAGCUGAAGAAGAGCCACAGUGUGUUUGUUCUCACCAAGUGUGAUGUUGCUAAGUUUAGUAAGUUACUCAUGAAGUCUGUUAGACGACCGGAGAAGUAAUCAUUGAUGACAUGCAUCUGGGUGUGGAGAAAAAAGAUAAUGUUCUGCCUUCAAUCAAGUAAUUUUUGAGUAUAUUGAAUUAAAAAAAUAUGAUUUUUGCUUAAACCCUUUGUUUAAACUUGCUGACAAAUUGAGGUGAUGUACAAUAUCAACCUCUGUUCUAAAUUUCACUAGGGAUGCACUAAUGGAGCGACUUUAUCUCUUAAAAGUGACUAGCAACAAAUUCAGCAACUUAUUCAGAUCAUUGGGAAAAAGUCAGUAGUUCAUUUCCAUGCAUGCUGCUCAGAGUAAUCGCAGUGACUGUCUCUUUUGCCAGAGGUGCGGGGUCUCUUCUACCCCCUCUCUCCCCUCUUGAGCCGUGCACACACUGGGUCUUAUUCAUUAAACCUGAGCAGAAUGAAUUUGUGUGUAAACUGUUCGCAGAAGGAAAUUUACGGGUAUUUCAUCAUUCAUCAAUAUGUUAAUAGCUCCGAUCUUUUCAUAGAUUCUAACAAAGUCUACACCUGUUUUCUGAUUGCUCGUAGUGCUUGUGUAAAUAAGAUACUGCACAGAAUUGUUGAUUGUCAUUAUUAGAAAUUACAAUUUUAGUUUGUAUUGUGCUGUUAUGUUCAUGACAAAAGAUUAGAAAUAACACAUUUAGCUAGACUAGUUGGUAUUUAGCAGAUUUAGGCUUCGGAUAAAGAUUCUUAAAAACAUGAAGUAAUAAUUUAAAUCGACUUAAUACAAAACUGGAAAACACAGUUCUGCCACUAAAUAAAAUAACAUCUCCUCCUCUGCCCUCUUUAGGCACUGCAGUCCCAAACUGCAUGUCAUUUUUGUUUAAUUAUCAGAGACUUGACGUAGGAGAUGUAAACAUUAUUUCAAAUUGAAUAUUGGUUUAAAAAGACCUGUGGAUGUGGGAAAGCAAUUCGGCGUAUGUCUUGCUGGUGAACUCAAAUCUGCCAGAGAGUUAGAGGAAGCCGAUGUGGUUUUACGCCAGACUAUAUUACUUGUUGUUAAAUUUAACGGUGGGUUAUUACCGACAUCAGACUGCCUGCAUUAAGAUGUUUUAAUGGUGGUUUCAUUUAACAACAGAGACAGAGAAUGCCGAGGCUCAGGGCAAACACAGUAGUUAGUUGGCUGUCCAUGACGGCAGAUGAGGGAGAUGUGAUGCUGCUCUGCAGGGUGCUUGGUUUGCGUGCAGCUGACACAAGGGAAGCUGACGACGGAGGGGCAGGGGCUCGAUUCAAAUGACACUGUCAGGCAAACAACAUGCUUCUAAGUGUUUUUUCAAUUUUCUCAAUCCCAAUUCACCUAAGAUAACUUCAGAGUCAGCAUUGGACAAGUUUAUCUUUACUCUUUCUUUGUUUGCUCCAUGUUCACAGGUCGGCAGGACAGGACAGUAACUAUCACCUCCAUAUAUGGUCGUCACUGACAUAUUUAUGGGCACGGAUGUACACUGAUUGCUUACAAGUGCGAGCGUGCUGUCAAUUUAUUAUUGAUUGGCACUCAUGCACAUACACACGUGCCUACGAUUAAAUCUGAUACUAAUUCAUAAAUAUUUUUUUAAUUCUACAAACAAAUAGAUAAUUAUAGUUUUAAGUAGAUGAUGAAUAGUAGGCUCUCUGUAAUAUCACUACAUCCACAGUAUAGACUACUGUUUUCUCUGAUUGUUCUUCUCUGAUAUGUAAAUAAUUCAUUUGAGCAUAUGAAAGUCUGUUGCUCCUUUUUUCUUUUUGAAAAGUAAAACAUGCUACACAGAUAUACUACAAGUCAUUUUCAGCUGGAUUAUAUUUGUACAGAAAAGCUCUGUCCAGUAACCUGCUGUACUUUUUAUUUGGAGUUGAAGUGAGAGUAAGAGAAGGUCAGGUACGUUGGUGCAGCUUUGGAGAAGAUGGGAAAGUUAUUUAAUAGUCAGUGUUUAAAAUGAACAUACAUUCAAACCUUUCAUUAAAGGAAAGUGACAAUCAUGUUCGUGUAUGCUGUCCAUUAUAGAGAGAUGGAGAAAGAGAGAGAAUCAGAAUUGGCAGGUCAAACUAAAAAUUGGCCAAGAAAAUGUCAAUUGUUGCAAACCAUUACAAGGCCACCUUCAUAAAGUUUUUGUUCACUGUUACAUAUUUAACUGGGCUUCUGUCGUAACAAGCAGCUACAGCACCAAACCUGGGGCUCCCAUUUUUGCCCAGAUGUGCAGGAAAUGCAAUAGUUUGAUGAUGGGGCAAUGUUACAGGGGGUGUAAGAAAAUGUGUAUUUAAUACAGUUUAAAAAGUCAUUUUCCAUGAUCUUAUACAAGAAUACACUACUGACAUUUUAAAGCUUGAAACUUACCCUUUCACGUAUAGUGUAACCAAGGAUUGAACGUCCCAUCCAGACUUGCUGUGUUUGGAAGUUUUUUGGAACUUGUCUGAUCUCUCUUUCCUUUCCUGCCCUCGUCACCCGUACACCGUCCUCUCCUUGCCUACUCUCCUUUCUCCUCAUCUGUGCAUCACUAAGGUCCCCUGUCCUCUCUCAUAUCUAUGUUUGAUCCAUGGCCGUUAUCCAAGGGUGGAUAAACUCCUGGUGCCUGUCAUAUGACACAGAUAAGCAAAGCACAAUGUACAUUUCUAUCGCUAUAAAUUAAUUAAUUCAACACUAUAAUCAUGCUAUUUUUAAAUCUUUGUUGUUCUGGAUUUCCUCAUCUGAAGUGUUAAGGCCUUUGCACACCAAGUCUGUAUUAGUCUGGAUUUUUUGUAUGUUUUUUUUUUUUUUAAUACAUCACCCAAUAAAAAUCAUUGUGCACAUAAACCUUG